UCUCUACAUCUAAUUCUCAGCAUAACACAAUCAGCCAGCUGCCAGUAUGAAGUCAUUUAAACACUUCUUUCAAUUUCCUUUCCUUUUCUUUCUGCUCUUCUCUUUUUGUGUCUCAAGAACAUUACAAUUUAAGAUCCCAAGGCUUGGAACACACCGAAGAACAGCCCAAGUACAUGCACCCAAACCCAUGUCUGCAGCGUCCAAAUCGAAAGAUUUCAAAACUUUUCUGUUCAAUCAAACACUUGAUCACUUCAAUUAUAGGCCUGAAAGCUACACCACUUUUCAACAGAGAUAUGUGAUAAAUUUUAAGUACUGGGGAGGUGCAAAUGCUUCUGCACCAAUCUUAGCGUUCUUUGGCGCUGAAGAGAAUAUAGAAGAAGAUAUAAACUGUGGUUUUCUCACUGAUAUGGGCCCUGAAUUUAAGGCCCUUCUAGUUUAUAUAGAGCAUCGAUACUAUGGGAAAUCAAUACCGUUGACAACAAGAGAAGAAGCAUUGAAAAAUGCAAGUGCUCGUGGUUAUUUCAACUCCGCUCAAGCUAUAGCCGAUUAUGCUGCUGUUCUUAUACACGUACAGAAAAAAUAUUCCACACAGAAUUCUCCAAUAAUCGUUGUUGGAGGAUCGUAUGGGGGAAUGCUUGCUGCAUGGUUCCGGCUAAAAUAUCCCCACAUUGCCAUUGGAGCUCUAGCUUCAUCAGCUCCAAUUCUAUACUUUGAUGAGAUUGCUCCGGAAAUUGGUUAUUAUUCCAUUGUAACCAAGGACUUCAAAGAAACUAGCGAAAGUUGCUACGAAACUAUACGCAAAUCAUGGGGUGAAAUCGAUAAAGUAGCUUCCGGGCCUAACGGUCUUUCAAUCCUCAGCCAAAAAUUCAGAACUUGCGAAAAAUUAAAGAGAACCUUUGAUCUCAAGGACUACUUAGACUCAAUAUAUUCGGAGGUAGCCCAAUUUAAUUAUCCCCCAACAUAUCCACUUAGUGUUGUCUGCGGCGGCGUUGAUGGAGCACCUCAAGGAACCGAUAUUCUUGGAAAAAUAUUUGCAGGUGUUGCUGCUUAUGUGGGGGAUAAGCCAUGCUAUGACAUUGAUGAAUACAAUUAUCCAAGUGAGACACUUACAGGAUGGAAAUGGCAGACAUGCAGUGAAAUAGUGAUGCCCAUUGGUCACGGUCACAAUGAUACAAUGUUUCCUCCUGCUCCCUUUGAUCUAAACCACUUCAUUAAGAACUGCAAAAGCUUGUUUGGCGUCGAGCCUCAGCCUCAUUGGGUCACAACUUAUUAUGGAGGCCGUGAUUUAAAAUUGAUACUUCAUAGGUUUGCCAGCAAUAUCAUUUUCUCCAAUGGACUCAAAGAUCCUUAUAGUAGCGGCGGGGUGUUGGAGGACAUAUCUGAAAGUGUAGUUGCUGUAUCUACAGUCAAUGGAUCUCAUUGCUUGGAUAUACAAACCGCACAGAACACUGAUCCAGAUUGGUUGGUGAGGCAACGAGAAGAUGAAGUCAGGAUAAUAAAGAAAUGGCUAGCAGACUAUUAUAAUGAUCUUCUUGAGUAUAAAACUCAAGUUCCUGCUUGACUCUGAUAAUCAGAAGUUAUGAUCAAGCAAAUAAAUCUUGAACUUUAAAAGAGUUUUAUAUAAACUAAUGUUGAGCAUAA